CGACCGACCCGGAGCUAUUUCGACGGGUCCCGACCGAAAAAUCCCUCUCGCGCGCUCGUAUUUCAAAGUACCAUGAAUCACCAACACGCCCAAUCAGCCAUAUUUAUUGGUGUUCUAGCAGCACGUCGCAAAUGUCAACUAAGCGCAACAAACUGGCUCCUACCCUGGCUCUUCUAGUUUCUUGUUCGCCCGCACGACAGCAUCUGGAGCAAAGCUCAAAGGCCAGAAGCGUGGCAAAAUCGAAGUUACUGCGGUUUUACUGCAGCCUCCGCCGUCGUUCAGCAACACGAACAAGGCCUUGCGAAAACAAGCUAGUGGAAAAUGGCUUCAAGGCUGCAUAACAUUUAACUUAACAUUUUCACUAUUUCAUUUUGGCUGUUUUCGGCCUUGGCAAAAGAAGUGCCAAAAUAUUCCUGAGCAACUUGGCAGAAUUCACUGGCCUUACAAUGUUCCCAGGCUAUUGUUGUGCUGCUGCUUGAUGUUGUUCCUGUUUGCCAUUAUUUUCAGGCAUGGCGGAGCUUGUCGUCUUUGCCACAUUCGUCCCCGCUGCAAUUGCUUGGAACGGCGACAUCCAUGCGUUCCUGCAGAACAUGGCUGAUCUCACAGGCGUGGCCUUCGAAUGGGCAGGCCAGGAGAGUAUACUGGCCGAAGUAUCGAAUGAGAUGAACUUCAACGCUUUUUUCCACGACAUCAUCCCUGCGGCUGGGCACAUUGUCGCACAGGUGGUCGACAACCCCAUAGACAAGGAUUAUGGCAACCACCAGCAAAGCUGGGUCGUCGGGCGGGACAAAGAAGCUAAAGGAAUACAUCAAAGCGAAUUAUCAAUGGAACGAAGGAAAGGCGGAGCAACUCCACCAAAAAAUCGCCCCUCAUGGAAUGACGCUAAGAGAAAGGAACGGCCACAAAUUCUUGGUUGAGCUGAAGGAUUUUGAUGCUGCCCAAAACCUUGUUCGAGAUCAUGCCCCAGUCGGCACCGUCCAUCAUAGUUAGCAAGAGUUACAUCGAAAUCAAGUGCACAUACAUGUCCACCGAUGUGACCAGCAUCAGCAUGUUAGGGUCACACUGCAUGUGCAUCUGGACUUUCUGCCCUGGGCGCACAAGCUCCUCCAUUGGCUCGUGGACACGAUCAUUGAAAUUUGUACAUAGCGUGUUGUGUAAAAUAAACAGUGACAGCAGGCCUGGUGACAGCAGUGUGGUUGGCUAGAACCAAUCGAUGUCAUUCAUCUCCUCGUCCGACCUGUCCGGAGCAUGGCGAUGGCGUAGCAGUAGCGACGAGA